AUGAUUUGUAAGAAACCUCAACUUUAUAAGAAACUAAAAAUGUGCCUAAAAUGCUUCCUUGAAGAAAACUCAAUAAAUAAGGAUGAUGUUAUUUCCAUAAAUGAUUUAAAUACUUAAGUCGGAAAGCUUCUAAAACAAUUGUUAACAAUGAAAAAUUUACAAACUUAAUUAUUGGAAACACUAAAUGAAAUUGAUUUACAAUAUAAAAGCAAAAUGAGUAAAGCCAUUAGCUAAAAUAAACAGACGUAUGAAUAAGUAGAUAGUAUUUAAAACAAUUUAUCGGGUUGUAGUGAUAUGGAGGUUAUAAACUUAAGCAACACUUAAAUCAGCUGCUAUUUAUAACUACUUGAUCAAAAGGAUUCCUUAAGGAAUAAAGAUAAAGAGUUAAGAGAAUUACUCAAUCUAUUAAAUGACCUGAAGAAGUGCUUGACUGAAUCAGUUGAAAAAAUACUGAUAGAGAGCAAAAAAAUAAGUAAGAUUUUAGAAUUAGAAGAAAACUUUGAUUAAUCUCCAGAUAUAUAAUACCCUUAAAAGGAAAAAGAAAAAUUACAUUUCCAGAUUGAUUAAGCUUUGUUCAAAAGUGAAAUGAAAAUACAAGAAACUACAGCAAUUCAACCAAAGGGUCUAUCAAAUAAAAAUAUAUUGAAUCCAGAAAUCACAGUAGAUUUAGAAUUCCCACAAUCAUCAAGAUCAUUUAAGGCCUGUUAUAACCCUAAUUCUUUGUUGUUAGAUUUAAUUGAUAAAAUCCGUAUUAGUCUUGGAAACGAACAAGGAGAAAUAAUAGUUUAUUCGAAUGGAGUGCUAUGCCAACACGAAUGUUCUUUCCAGGAAUAUCAAAUAUAAAAUGGUUAAACUUUGAAGUGCUAUAUAAGUUAGAGAAGGAUUGUUUGA